AUCUCUUCACAAGUGUAUUAUCUGGCUGAGAAAUCCCAUUUGGAAAACUGCAUUAAGGGCCACAGAGCAUUUCUGUGUUUAAAUGAGGCUCUUUUUCUAGCCGCUUCAAGCCGCUGUCAUAUCAGUCUGUCCGUAAACAGAAAAAAGCUGAUAUCGUUGAACGCCCAGCGCAGCCAGAUAUUUUACACUGAGGGGAAAAAACUUGUUAUGUAAUGACAAGAAAUGCAGUAAAACAUUAAUAACCACUGGCAGCGUGUUUUUAAAGAUGGAGUAAUAUAUUACUAGUGAAGGAGAUGAAGCUGGAUGCAGAAUUAGCGAUGUUGGUCCUGGACCAACAGGUCUGUAAACAAGUCUGUAGACGAGGGCGUAAUAACGUUACAGGCCGUGCAGUCGGGAACUGCUUGCCGGCAGUGGCGAUCAUGAAAUCUCGGAUUUUUGUUGUAGGCCUGUUUAAUCUUUUUUUUUCCAGGCAUAAUCUUCUACCUUUUUUCUCUUUCAGUUGAAAAUAGUCAAAAAAAAAACGACUUUCAGUUUUCAAAAGAAAGUGAAAAAAUAUUUCGGCGGCCUCGCUAAUAAACAUAUUUAACAUUUCAUUUCUUAUAUUUAAUGUUAAAUAUAUAUUUGUACAUGUCUAACGUUAGCUAAGUCAAAUAUACACUGAAACUUUAUUCCAUAUUAAUGAACUCAAAGCAUUCGUCAUUUACCAUGACAGAAAUCGAGAGUCGCCUGCGAGUCCAGUCGAGAGAAUGCAAGAUAGCGAAGGGGGCGGAGCUUCCAAGUGGUGUUGGUUAAUAUCGGAGAGUUCAGAACAUCUGCGCAAAUCAUUCCAGAUUCAUAUAUCAACUGGCUCAUCUGCCUAUUUAUUGGGGAGAAAAGACGGAUCUUUUGGUCUGUGUUUCAGUUAUAAUUUGUACUGGCAUACCCGGAUGUUAAAUUCUAUGCAAAAUGCAUAAAGUUUGUCAGUUCUGGAAUUUAAUAUAAUAUAAUAUAAUCGGAGUAAAUGUCACUGGAUAUCAUGGCACUGUAAUGAAGAUCAUUAUGUCGCACAAGCCGAUGAUAUCAAAUACUGAUCCAAAUCCGACAUCCUCUUAGUAAACGAGUCUUAUUUGUGCUGUUAUGAGAUAUAUGAAGUGACCAAUCGGAUACAAUUCAGGAUCAAUGCAGGGUUUCAGGCCAGUGUCAGCGCUGAUAGUGAUGCUCAGUGACACUCAGUAAUAGAUUGGUACAACCCUGUGUUCUGCACGCAGUUCGGCAUUUCACAGAGCAUGCAUCGUCACACAAUGGUUCCAAGAACAUGACCGCAAGUUUCAUUUCUUCAGUGCCAUGCAGAGUCCCUGUGUCUGCAUCAGGCUUCUCUGGAACCUGACGAAAAUGGCUAAAAAAAUGGCUCCCAAGUGGUGCGACAAAAAAAAAGUGAAAAUCAUUGAGGCAAAAUGGCAUUUUGCUACAGAAUCACUUCCACAUGCACACUUUAGCCACUUUGCGUUUGUGCACAAACCCACACUGGAACUUCUCCAUUCAGGGGAAUACAUGUGAUAUUCCCACAUACAGAAACAGACUUAAUGAGUGAGGUUUAAAACUGAUGUAAAUAAGUUUCAUACAUCCUUCCAGAACUGACAGGAAUAACACAGUAACUGAAGAGAUCAGGAUGGAGAUGAGAUUUGACGAGGAUACAAAUUGGCCUCAGUUCUCAGAGCGACGGGAACAACAACUCAGGUGCAGUACACACUUUUUCUGUAACUACAAACCAAGGAUGCUCUCAAAAUACCUUUUGAGCAAAGUGCAGAAAAGUGGGCUCUCUCGGCAAAUAAAAAGAAACAAGUCCCAUAAAAUAUAAGACAAAUUUGUUCAGUUCUUACAGAAUCCCUGAACCGGAAGGUGUGAAAUCUUUUUGAAGUCUUUAUUUUGAUCAAGUCUCAUUUUUAUAACUUAAUAUCUUGUUAUUCUGACUUACUACCUUAUUUCAACUUAACAACUCACUAUUUAUAUUAUAUUGACUUAGCACCUCGAUAUUUUGACUUAACGUUGACUUAAAAUUUUUAAGUAACGUUAUUUCAACGCAUUUUUAUCUACUAACUUGUUACAUAACGCAUAGUUUCAAAAUAUAAUCUCAUUAUUUUGACUUGACGUAAAUUUGAAGAUAUGAUCUCCUUAUUUUGACAUAACUUAUUUUGACUCGUUAUUUCAAAAUAUGAUCUUGUAAUUUUGACUUCGUAACUCGCAUUUUUCACCUAACUCAUUAUUAUUUCGACAUCAUAACUCUUCUUUUUAAGAUAUUAAUUCACACCUAAUUCACAGCUUGUCUGUAAAUUAGUUCCUAAUUCCAGGUGCUGUUACGGUGAUAAAUUAUAUUUUUUUUAUUGGUGUAGAUGUGAGACAAAAUAACUUCCACGUCUGCUUUUUUUUUCCUUUCAACAUUUUGUGCUUGUUUCAUGCACGAGUACAAAAUAAAUCAGCACUAUCCAAACUUUCAUAAAUCUGGUGGAAAAUUUUCAUUUGGUUUGGCAUUUGAAAACAUUUACAUAUAAAAAAAAAAAUUUGAUAAAUGAGGCCCCAUGUGUCAGUCCCCAUCUCUCCUCCUCAGUGGAAAGGGACAUCCACAGGACCAUCUGUUCAUCACGACUAAACAGAUAUAUUCGUGGUCCAUUCUCGGGCACAGCAGAGACACUUACAAGAUCUCAUGUCAGUGCCAUUGCUGUGCUAGGAAUGAUCCACCAAUCUAGUAACAGGUGGUACUAUGGUGGUCCCUUUUAACGGAUGGAUGGGGAACAGACAGACAGACACAUUGUGCCUAGCACCAGAUGAGACAGUUAUUAAUUGUGUGCCUAUACGCAAGAGCCAAUGAACGUAGGUACAAGACAGCUGACUUUAAUCAACAGACGACUCAGUCUAUGUCUCCGUGUCCAUUCCCCAGGAGGCGGCACUACAAAGAGCCCUGUUACAGAGUGGCUGCAGUGGGUUUUGGCCUGCUGUGCAUCCUCCUGCUGGCUGCAGUCACAGUCCUCGCUACAAAUAACACCCAGUUACAGAUCAGUUACAACAUCCCGAAUGACAAUUUUCAGACCAACUACAGCAACCUAGUAAAACUGAUUGACCAAUUACAGAAGGAGAAUGCUGCACUUCAGAAGAAGCUGGCGGAUCUAGCUAAACAUGCCCAACUAGGAUGGGUCUACUUCAGCUCCAGUCUUUACUUUAUCUCGACGGAGAAGAAGAGCUGGACUGACAGCAGACAGGACUGCAGUAGGAAAGGAGCAGACCUCGUGAUCAUCAGCAGCAGAGAGGAACAGGAGUUCAUCAUUAAGCAGCUGGACGGAGAUAAGGCUUGGAUUGGUUUAAGUGACAGAAGCACAGAGAGGGUUUGGAAAUGGGUGGACGGUACAGCGCUGACCACUGCGUACUGGGCUAAGGGAGAACCAAAUGAUGCAGGUAAUGAAGAGGACUGUGCUGAGAUUUGGAGUUCUGCAGACAGAAAGGGCUGGAAUGACGUGACCUGCUCUAGAAAAGAGAGAUGGAUCUGUGAGAAACUGGAUUUUCAGUGGUAAGUUGAGAAGUUACAUGAUAAAAUGCUCAGUGAUGUGUGGAAUAAUGUAACUCAGUCUCUGUGUGUUGUGUGUUUUCAGACUGUCAGCAGUCCAAAGUGUACCGAGACUCAAAAUCUGCUCUUCAGCUCAGACACGAACGUCAACAACUUCAACGAGAGAAGCUUGUGAAAUCCUGUAUAAAGCAUGAAUUUAAAAAAAAAAAACGUUUCGAUCUUUUCCUUUCAUCCCUCCAUCGUGUUCAGUGUUUCUUUGUAAUAUAGUGAUAGUGAUCUGUCAAUAAAGU